AUGCGUUGGUCGCUUAUGGAGUGGAGCGAGAUUUUGAGCACCACCAUUGCGAAUUGCUUCAAGCACACUGGACUCAUGAAUGGGCCGACUUCACCAGCAGUUGAAGGAGGCGCUUCAGCAGGGGACAUUCAGCAGCCUGUGCAACAGGAUGCAGAUCUGGUUGAUUAG